AUGAAGCAAGCGGUCUUACCCUGCCACAUAAGUGAGGAGUGUCGGCAACGUCUCAUCUCAUUCCUCAUAAUCCAAAUCAUCGUCGGUAUCGUCUGUGGCACCUUACUCAUCGGCAUCGGCUUUUACAUACGAAGUCACAUCCGAGCCAAAGUCAAUCUCAUCGAAGGUUAUGACUUCGAACAACUACCAAUCACCCUCAUGGUCGUCGGUGGCAUCACCGUGCUCAUGAACCCGGUCGUUGCCAAGAUUGGCCACGAGGCGUCAUUCUCAUGGAAGAGGGAAAAGCUCCGAAGUGCAUUGCUUGCUAUGGUGGUCAUCCUCUGUAUCGUCGACCUUGGGUUACUUAUAGGAGGAUCCAUGACCUUCAUCCACGGUCACUCGUUGAAGAAAUCAUUUCACAAUGGUCUCACUAGCGCCAUGAAGAGAUACAAGGACGAUAUUGAAAUCAAGGAGGAAAUCGAUUCUCUCCAAUUGGAUUUUGGAUGUUGUGGAAACGAAAACUAUGAAGAUUGGUUCAGAAUACAGUGGAUUAAUGAUGAUUAUAUCGAAGGCUCGAAGAGACCUGCUCGAGAUUCCCAUCAUGAUGAUGAACACGAUGAUGACGGAGGAACAGAAUCUACAGAAUUCCUCAACGAUGAUACGCCUUUCUCUUGCUGCCAUCCGCGCUCUAUUCGACCAUGUAUUCACCACAACGUACUCGACAACGAUGCCCACUACCUCUACAACUUCGAUCUUAGUUUUACCAUUCAUAAGACUGGCUGUAAACAUCGGCUCAUGGAGUUCUUCAACAGAAAACUCAAUAUAAUCGGUGGAUGUGUGAUGGGUCUUUGCGGACUACAGUUGAGCAUCCUCCUGACAGCCCAAUACUUGAAUUCAUCAAUCUGCAAUGCUCUGGAUCGUGGCAAUCCCGAGAGAACUGCCAAGGGAUGGAUCUUUGAAGAAUUCCCUCUUGUCACUUUGUUCAAAGCAAUCACGGCAAUGAUCCUUGGAGCCGUGAUAUAAAACUUGGGAAUUUACAUAUUGGUAAUUUUGGAAAAUCAUCAAGAUGGUAGUAAUGCACCCAUCCCUUGAGACGAUGAGCCCCAGUGGCUGUUCCAUGACAUUUGCUCCUACGACAAUUGCUCUGAUGAAAAAUCUACACACUAAGCCAAACGUGAAACCAAACCUCCAAAACUAAAUAAACCCCAAUGCUUAUCUCCACAUUAUUCUGAACCAGAAACUCUAAACCCAUGCCCUCUGAGAUCAAGACCGGAUCAAAUGUCACAGGAGCAUAUGUCGUGUCACCCCAAGCAGUGGGCUCUGAAGAUAUUCUUCCUUUCAAGAGCAUGGUAUCCUCGUUAUUGAAUGAGGUUCGGAUAAGAUCAUAGAGAUAUAUUUGCACAGGA